GUUUGUGGGCCGCUAGGCACGUCGCGUGUUUGCCAGAGUGUUUUGACGGUUUAACCGCUACGAGUGGGGGCCAGCGCUAGCAGCCAGCUCCUCGUAACAAAAGGGAAAUCCGGUUCCACCCCAGCUAACGUUAAUCCCACUUUGCAUGUAGUUUUUAAAAGCCGUGGAGGUGUAGACUGUAUAGUAGGACAGUUAGAAAUGGAGGAUUUUAGCUGUGGUCCUGCUACGGAAAGCAGAGAACACUUGGAGCCACAGGAACCACCAAAGAAAAGGUGGUUGAAUCCAUUGUUCUACACUGGUUACAAGAGAAGACUGGAGGAGAGGGACAUGUACAAUGUGAAGUAUGAGGACUCCUCACAGAAACAGUGUGACGACCUAGAAAGAGAAUGGAACAAGGAGCUACAGAAGAGAGGGCGGUCCCAGAAACCCAGUCUGUUGAGGGCAGUACUUAGAUGUUAUGCUCCUGGAUGGAGCUUGUUAGGAAUUAUAGCUUUUAUAGAGGAAGCUACCAAAGUUGUCAGUCCAGUGUUGCUGGGAAAACUAGUGGACUACUUCAGCCCAGACACACAGAUCUCCCUUGGGGAAGCGUAUGGCUAUGCUGCUGGGAUCAGUGCUUGUGCCAUGGCUCUGGCAGUCCUACACCACCCAUACUUCUAUGGAGUCUCCGUCUAUGGCUGGAGACUACGUGUUGCAUGCUGCUCACUUAUACACAAAAAGGCCUUAAAACUGAGUAACAAGGCCAUGACAGAGACAACAACUGGUCAAAUAGUCAACCUGCUCUCAAAUGAUGUCAACAGGUUUGACCAGGUUCCUAUGUUCCUCCACUACCUGUGGAUAGCCCCUGCCCAGGUGGCUACUGUUGUCUCCUUACUUUGGUUAGAUCUGGGUCUUUCUGCCUUAGUUGGUGUUGUUGGGUUUGUCCUUCUCCUUCUCCCUGUGCAGACCCUGUUGGGGAGACUCUUUUCUAAGAUCAGAGCAGAAACAGCAAAGCGGACUGACAACCGAGUAAGAACAAUGAACGAGAUCAUUUCUGCCAUCAGAGUCAUCAAAAUGUACACAUGGGAGAAACCAUUCAGCAAACUCAUAGCCCAGUAUAGAAAAUUGGAGGUGGACAAAGUGCUGCAGGCCUCCUACUGCCAAUCCUUCAAUAACGGCUUCUUCUUCUGUGCCAGUAAAGUCAUCCUGUUCUUCACCUUCAUGUCUUAUGUCCUUCUCGGGAACACCAUCGUUGCAUCUAAAGUCUUCGUGGCGAUCACGCUUUUCAACGCCAUCCGCCUCACUGUAUCGCUCUUCAUCCCAUUCGCUGUGCAGAAGGGCUCAGAGGGACUCAUAUCUAUCAAGAGAAUACAAACUUUUCUACUUUUAGAUGAAGUAGAACCAUCAACAACCCCUGACCCUGCCGUUCAGACCAGACCAGAGGACUGUCAUGUUACUGUGACAGGAGUAACUGCUUCAUGGGACGAGAGCUUAGAGCCUCCCACCCUAAGGAACAUUGAGUUUGAGGUGAAACCUGGAGAACUGGUGGCAGUUAUUGGUCCUGUGGGGGCUGGGAAGUCGUCUAUACUGAGUGCCAUUCUCCGGGAGCUGCCUGUGACCUCUGGGGAGGUCAGAGUUGAAGGUCGUCUGGCCUAUGCCAGUCAGGUUCCGUGGAUCUUCUCCGGCUCCGUGCAACAGAACAUCCUGUUUGGGAAGGAGAUGGAACGGGAAAAGUACCAGAGGGUCAUCAAGGCCUGUGCCUUACAAAAGGACUUGAGUCUAUUUUCUCAUGGUGACCAAACUCUUGUGGGAGACAGAGGCAUCAUGCUCAGCGGAGGCCAGAAGGCAAGAAUAAACCUGGCUAGAGCGGUGUACCACGAUGCUGAUAUUUACCUGUUGGAUGACCCGCUUAGUGCAGUAGACGCAGAAGUGGGGAAGCAUCUCUUCGACAGAUGUAUCCAAGGCACUUUGAAGGACAAACCCAGAAUUCUGGUCACCCAUCAGCUGCAGUACUUACAGUCAGCAAACAAGAUUCUCAUUUUGAAGGAGGGUGAACAGUUGAUGUUGGGGACGUACCAAGAACUGGUUCAGUCUGGAGUCGACUUUACCGAGCUUCUCAAGACUGAUGAUGAAGAGGAGGAACCUGGGGAGGAGCAUGGAAUUCUGGAAAUAGACGGUGGCCUGAGACAUCGAUCUCGAACCAUGUCUAGCGGCGCCAAGGAUGGGAGGGUGUUAUCUCUUGACAAGAUCAAGCUUGAAGAGAAGGCCCCAGAGCAGGAGGAAGAGGACAGGAGAGAGGGCGUGGUGGGCUGGUCUGUGUACAGGGACUACUUCACCGCCGGAACGGGGUUGGGGGGCAUCAUACUGGCCAUGUUCCUCAACAUCGCAGCACAGGGGUUAUUUAUUGUCACUGACUGGUGGAUGGCAUACUGGGCCCAAGAGGAAGAAGACUAUUACAGAGCAACCCAUCCUGCUACAACAUUACCCUCCAAUGGGGUUAACACCACGUUACCAUACAACAUGACUAUACCAAGGGUUGACACCAACCGCAACAUCUACGUUCUUGCUGGAACGACUGCAGCGCUGGUAGUGUUCAGUGUGUUCCGCAGUGCCUGGAUGUUUGCCAUGUGCAUCAAGUCCAGCCAGGUGCUCCAUGACAGGAUGUUCAGCAGGGUUGUCAGGGCGCCUGUCCUGUUCUUUGACUCAAAUCCUGUCGGGCGAAUCCUAAACAGAUUUUCCAAAGACUUGGGACAUCUGGAUGAUCUUCUACCUAGCAUCAUUCUAGACUUUGUGACGAUUACGAUGCAGGUUUUGGGAGGGGUGAUUCUAGCUGGUGUGAUCAACCCCUGGGUGUUCAUACCGGUGGUGCCUGUGGUACUCCUCCUAGUGGUCAUACGGAGGUACUACAUGCGGACAUCCAGGGACAUUAAGAGACUGGAGGCUACAACCCGAAGCCCAGUGUUCUCCCACCUGUCUGCCACCCUACAAGGCCUGUGGACCAUCCGAGCCUUCGGUGCCCAGGAGAAUUUCCAGCAGGAGUUCCACGCACACCAGGACCUGCACUCGGAGGCCUGGUUCCUGUUCCUGGCAGCCAGCCGCUGGUUCGGGAUCCGCAUGGACUGGCUGGCUGCCAUCUUCAUCAUCGCAGUGGCCUUCUGCUCUGUACUGGCUGCUCAGAGUCUGGACAGUGGUCUGGUGGGACUGUCCCUGUCCUACGCCCUGAUCCUGAUGGGGGGGUUCCAGUGGGGGGUGAGACAGAGCACCGAGUGUGAGACCCUGAUGACCUCAGCAGAAAGGAUAAUUGAGUACUCCAAACUUGACCAGGAGCCCCCCCUGGAGAAUGACUACAGUCUCCCCCCUAACUGGCCAGUCCACGGCAUCAUCACGUUUGAGGGGGUCAGUUUUUGCUACUCCCCUGACGGUCCAAAGGUCCUCAAAAACCUGUACGGCUGCAUACGUGCAAAGGAGAAGGUUGGAAUUGUGGGUAGGACCGGUGCUGGGAAGAGCUCGUUGAUGCAGAUGCUGUUCCGUAUGGCGGAGCCGCGGGGGCUGGUCAUGAUCGACGGCAUCGACAUCACCAAGAUCGGCGUUCACGACCUCAGACGGAGGAUCUCAGUCAUCCCACAGGAUCCAGUUUUGUUCUCUGGAACUUUGAGGAACAAUCUUGAUCCAUUCAGAGAGUUCACAGACAACCAACUAUGGGGAGCAUUGGAAGAGGUCCAGCUAAAGACUGUGGUUGAAGAGUUGCCAGGAAAGCUUGAAUCAGAGUUGGCUGAAUCUGGGACUAACUUCAGUGUGGGCCAGAGGCAGCUGGUCUGUCUGGCCAGGGCCCUGCUCAGGAAAAACAGGAUUCUCAUCAUUGAUGAGGCAACAGCAAAUGUAGACCCGAGGACUGACCAGCUGAUCCAACAGACCAUCCGGCACAAGUUCCGACACUGCACAGUGCUGACCAUCGCUCACAGACUCAACACUAUCAUAGACAUGGACAGGAUCAUGGUGAUAGAUGAGGGCCGGAUAAAAGAGUUUGAUGAAGCUCACGACUUACUACAAAGGGAGGGCGGGCUCUUCGGCAAAAUGUUGGAUCAGGUCGGAGGGAGGGCCGCGGCCGAACUUCGAGAGAGAGCGGAGAACCUCUACAAGCUGAGGCACAGGAACGACGAGAUCUGGGACCAGAUAAAGGACAGUCAGAGGAUCCACCUCGCUAACUACCUCCCAUCCUCCGGGUACACACACAUCCAGAUCGAGACAAACGUAUGACAGGAACGCAGAGAGAGUUUCACAAAGAAGUUGCUGCUUGUGAAUUUGAAAAGACACAGCUUAUUUUUAUUCUAUUGUCUUUUCCAAAUCUUAAGUGCAAGAUGCAAUAAGUAGUAUUCCAUGACGUUUUAAAAGGUUGAAAGAAUCUUAUCGCUGUUUUUGGAAGCCCCUUAGCAGCGACAGCUAUAAUGUUGGACUAAACAUAAUUUCAGAUCAGGUACAGUUACUGUAUCAUCAUGUAAAUUCCCUCUUUUUAUGCAAUCAACGUACAUGUGUACACAAAAGGUCUACAGUUGUAGGUCAUUAAAUUUUUGCACAAAUAGCAUUUAAUGUCUUUCUGUUUGUAUAAAGGUGAAGAAUGCAACAUUAUGUAAAUCAUGGCCUUUUUUGUAUAUUUCCAUUGACAGAUGUAUUUCCGGUGUGGUUGGCUAUAGAAAAAUGCUGCUACAAUGUAACAUAAUCAUGUUGGAAAUGAGUAUGGAUCUUACACCCCAGUCACAUGUACAUUGGUAUAUUAUAUGUAUCGUGCAUGAUGUGCAUUUUGUACAUUGUACAUGUCAUAAGUUCAUCAGAAAUUUUAUACAAUGCAAUUCAGUCCGGUGUAUGUUUCAUGUUAGCAAUAAUUCUGUCUACAUGUAUGUCAUUACUGUAUCUGCAUGUGUGACAUAUUGUCAAGAGCAAUUUACAAGAAGAAAUUAUUGUGAAGAUCUCUUUUUGCAAAUCUAACAUAAUGACUCUUGUUUCCAGUUUUGUUACAUUGGCAAGACUCAGUGGUGUGUUUUUGUACUGUCACUAUGAACAGUCUGUAUAGAGAGUAUGAUAUAAGUGGAGUAACAUAUCAUUCAUAAUGUAUCCUACCACAACACAAGCUAAGAAUUCUUUGUUUUGUACUUACAUGUACAUGCACAUGCCAGACUUAGCAUCUACAUAGAAUAUCGUCAAAUUUUGUGGCCUUAAAAAGAUGUGCAACCGUCCAUGCAGCAAAGCAUCGCGUGGUCGUUGGUGGCUAAACCAACCAAGUAGUGCUACAAUCUUCUCCAAAGUAAAGUGUCCAUUUUUGGUCGUGUUAGUUCUGUUUUGUUCUUGUUCUGUUCUUGUUCAUCUGAAAAUAUUUUUGUUAUAAUUAUGGUUCUAGUUGUAAUAUUCUAUUGAUAUCUUAAGGUAGCUACAUGAUUGUACAUUUGUCCAUACAAGGUGAAGAGAGAUAUUGUUGUAAAACGUAUUUUGAAAUUUUGUAAAUUCUGUUUUCAAUAAAGAAAUACACCAGUAA